UCCGGGUCGAGAAAUUAGCACACCCGUGAAUGUGAGCUAGCGGGGCCUAAUUCUUCGUUAAAAAACCCCCCGAAAGGAAACACAAUUGGACAUUUAAACACUCCCAGCACAGAACAUUCAAGUGUAUCGUCCUGUAACCAUAUGACAGAGCGAUGCCGGGGCUCAGCUGCCGAUUUUACCAGCACCGGUUCCCAGAGGUGGAGGAUGUUGUGAUGGUGAACGUGAGGUCCAUCGCCGAGAUGGGUGCCUACGUCAGCCUUUUGGAGUACAACAACAUUGAGGGCAUGAUCCUCCUGAGCGAGCUGUCACGUCGACGUAUCCGCUCCAUCAACAAGCUCAUCCGCAUAGGCCGCAAUGAGUGCGUGGUCGUCAUCCGAGUAGACAAAGAGAAGGGAUACAUUGAUUUAUCAAAAAGAAGAGUUUCACCAGAGGAGGCCAUCAAGUGUGAAGAUAAAUUCACCAAAUCUAAAACUGUGUACAGCAUCCUGCGACACGUGGCAGAGGUGCUGGAGUACAGUAAGGACGAGCAGCUAGAGAGCUUGUACCAGCGCACCGCGUGGGUCUUCGAUGAGAAAUACAAGCGGCCAGGAUACGGAGCUUACGAUGUCUUCAAACAAGCUGUAUCAGAUCCCGCCAUUCUGGAUGGUCUAGACUUAACAGAGGAAGAGAGGGCUGUGCUGAUUGAUAACAUCAACAGGCGACUCACUCCACAGGCUGUCAAAAUCAGAGCAGACAUUGAAGUGGCAUGCUACGGGUAUGAAGGCAUUGAUGCCGUGAAGGAGGCUCUGAGGGCCGGGCUUGGCUGCUCCACAGAAGCUAUGCCCAUCAAGAUCAACCUGAUCGCUCCCCCUCGCUACGUGAUGACAACGACCACUCUGGAGCGCACAGAGGGCCUGUCUGUGCUCAACCAGGCCAUGGCUGCUAUCAAGGAGAAGAUUGAGGAGAAGAGAGGCGUCUUUAACAUCCAGAUGGAGCCAAAGGUGGUGACAGACACAGACGAGACGGAGCUCGCCCGGCAGCUGGAGAGGCUAGAGCGGGAGAACGCAGAGGUGGACGGAGACGACGACGCUGAGGAGAUGGAGGCCAAAGCAGAGGACUAGUGUCAGUUCUCGGAGGAAGGCCUGUUGAGGGAGGGGAGGGGGGCGGGGGGGAUAAACAUCAGAGGAGAAAUGUGGACAGACCUGGCCACAGUCACGCAGUCCGACAGAUGUCAACUUUCACACUGCAAACAUUAACUGGCGUUAAUAGUUCAUUGGCAAACAUCCCAGUUUGUUCAUUAGCAAGGUUUGUUUCAGAAGAUGGGAACACAAAAGGCCGUCUUCUUACCCAGACAUGGACACAAGUAAAGUUAAAUUACAAAUUAAACAUCAAUAUCUUUUCUGUUUUUAAGUACACCGAUUUGAAUAAAUAACUCUAAAAAAGCUGUUUACAAGCAGUGGCCUUCACUUACCUCUUGCUUUAAGAGCCCAGUGUCUUCAGUAUCUAUGGCGCUUCAUCGCUUGCUGGUCAUCACUGGAUGUGAUUGAUUAAAGGAGAAACGCAUAAGCUCGUCUGUCUCAACACCGGUCAGUGGUGACUUUAUGUGCUGUUUCUCUUCCAGUUAAAGGGUUUAUACUGGCAAGACCUGCUCUUGUUUAGCUCAUAUGGCACCAAUAAAGUUCUGGAAGUUUUGAUCUCAA